CGCUAAAUCCAGUAGAUUUAUAUYCCCUUCUUCAUUUUCCAACCACAAUAUAAACAAAAAAAGAGGAAAAAAAGAAGAAGAAAAAAACUAGAGACAAUUGAUCAGUGGAGAUCAAGAACUUAAAUUUCAUGGAAAUGGAAUCCGUAGUUGUGGAGCUAGAAGGAACUCUCUUGAAGAGCUCCGAUAUUUUCUCCUACUUCAUGCUGGUGGCCUUUGAGGCCUCCGGUUUGAUCCGGUUCGGGCUUCUGCUCUUCUCGUGGCCGCUCGUACGCCUUCUCGAGGUGGCGGGGUUGGAGGAGGCGGCGCUGAGGGUGGCGGUGUUUGUUGCGGUGGCUGGGGUUCGGAAGGCAGAGAUCGAGGCGGUGUCGAGGGCGGUUCUGCCCAAGUUUUUUAUGGAGGAUGUGGAUAUGGAUGGGUGGAGGGUGGUGAGCGGGUUCGAGCGGCGAGUGGUGGCGACGAGGCUGCCAAGGGUUAUGGUGGAGCGGUUCGCAAAGGAGCAUUUGCGAGCCGAUGAGGUUAUUGGGUGCRACCUCGGGUUUAAUCGGUUAGGGUUUGCGACCGGGUUUGUGAAGGGAGGAAUUGGUUGUGUUGGUGAAGAAAUUUGUAAGGUUUUUAAUUUGGGUAAUGGUGGAAGUCGGCCUAGUAUGGGUUUGGGAAGACCUUCCUCGUGUUCUUCGUUUUUGGGUCUUUGCAAGGAACAGCUGCACCCACCAUUCACCGCCACCCAAAUCCAAGACCGCCGCCACCAAGAUCUCCGGCCGCUGCCGGUCAUCUUCCACGACGGCCGCCUCGUGAACCGCCCAACUCCGGCCACCGCCCUCCUAAUCCUCCUGUGGGUCCCUUUAGGCAUAAUUCUCGCCAUCCUCCGAAUUUCCAUCGGCUUAAUUUUACCAAUGUGGGCCAUCCCCUACGCCUCCCGCCUCUUCGGCGGCAAGGUCAUCGUCAACGGCACUCCCCCGCCGCCGGUCUCCGGCUCCUCCGCCACCACCGCCGGCGUACUUUUCGUGUGCACCCACCGCACCCUGAUGGACCCCGUCGUCCUCGCCACCGUGCUCCGCCGCAGAGUCCCCGCCGUGACCUACUCCAUCUCCCGCCUCACCGAGAUCCUCUCCCCAAUCCCCACCGUCCGAUUGACCCGGAUCCGACAUGUCGACGCGGAGAGAAUCAAGCGCGAGCUGGGGAAAGGCGAUUUAGUGGUGUGCCCCGAAGGAACGACAUGUCGGGAGCCGUUUCUUUUGAGAUUCAGCGCGCUUUUCGCGGAGUUGACCGACAGGAUCGUUCCGGUGGCGAUGAAUUACCGGGUGGGGUUCUUUCACGCGACGACGGCCCGGGGAUGGAAGGGGCUGGACCCGGUUUUCUUCUUCAUGAACCCGCGGCCGGUCUACGAGGUGACCUUUCUGAACCAGCUGCCGGUCGAGGCCACGUGUUCGGCGGGGAAGAACCCGCAUGAGGUGGCGAAUUACGUGCAGAGGAUUUUGGCGGCGGCUUUGGGUUUCGAGUGCACCAAUUUUACGAGGAAAGAUAAGUAUAGAGUGUUGGCUGGGAACGAUGGGACGGUGUCGUAUGUGUCUUUCAUGGAUCAGGUCAAGAAGCUGCUGACUAAAUCCAAGCCGUUCAUUCAGCUGAUGUGAGAAUCAACGGUUCAGAUUGGUCUGUUUUGUUAAUUAGUUUUUCUUUUUUCUUUUCUUUUUUGGGUGUUUUUAUUUCUGAUUGGAAUUUGUGAAUUAUUAUUUUU